UCGGUGAAUCACUCCCUUCUUCGCCCCCGGGCCCCCUUCCCGGCCAAACGGCGGGCUAGACGGCUGGGUGUGCAGUGUCCUCGAACUUGCGAGAAAGCGAGCAGAUCAUCGGCGCCCCUAGGGAUUCUGGCCCACGCGAUGGCGGAUUCCGACCGCUUCUCGGCUCCCGGCUGCUGGGCCGCCUGCACCAACUUCGCGAGAAACCUCAAGGGAAUUCUUCUGCUUGCUGAGAUUAUAUUGUGCCUGGUGAUUCUGAUCUGCUUUAUUGCCUCCACACCGGCAUACUCCUCUUUGUCAGUGUUUGAGAUGAUCUUUGCUGCUGUCUUCUUUGUCAUCUACAUGUGUGACCUGAACACCAGGAUAAAGAUCAUCAACUGGCCUUGGAGUGAUUUCUUCCGAGCCCUCAUAGCAGCCAUUCUCUACCUGGUCAUCUCCAUUAUUGUCCUCGUUGAGAAAGGAAACCACUCCAAAAUCAUCGCAGGGGUGAUGGGCCUAAUCGCUGGGUGCCUCUUUGGCUUUGAUGCCUAUAUCACCUUCCCCUUGAGGCAGCAAAGACAUACAGCAGCCCCUACUGACCCUGCAGAUGGCCCGGUGUAGGUGAAUUCCCUUCAUGCCUCUCUGCAACCUUCAAAUAAGACUUCCAUUGAAAUGACUCCUCCCCAACCCUACAAACACUUCUAGCCAUUUUCCCAGCCCCCCACUGAGGUAAAAGUGCCUUUAUCGGAAUUUGUCCUCCAGCCUGCCAAUCAACCCUCCUGGGUGUGGCCACUUUUAGGGCUGUGUCUAGGUCCCCCUUCUCAAGUUUGCAAAAGCAGACACCAGUUCUGCCUGGACUAUGCCCCCACCUAAGCCACAAAAUGAGGAAGAAGUGUGCCUCGGAUUUCACACUCCAGCCCCUAGGCUGUGGGCCAUUCCAAAUAACCUCAGUGUGGAG